AUGGCGUCCAAUCAAGAAUACUCACCAGCAAAGUUGCUUGAAAUUGCGACAACCGAUGUCCGGUCCCCACUCCAACAAUCCGACUAUGUCUCAAUCCUCUCAAAGCCUCCAUUCCUGUCAGUUCCCGGGACGUUCAAUACCAGAGACAUUGGCCAAGUCCCCGGCAGCGCCAUCCGGCCAGGCCUCGCUUUCCGCACUGGUUCUCUCGAAAGCCUCAGCAAAGACGGCGAAAAUGUCAUCACUCAGCAGCUCGGGAUUAAAAGAAUCUUUGAUUUAAGAUCAGAGAAGGAGAGAAUAAAGUACCCUGAGCCGGAGAUCCCGGAAGUGGAAAACGAAUGGAUUCCCAAUUCAUACAUCAACACCGUCGACGUCAAGGACUUUGCUAGCGGCGGUGGUGAAGAGGGCUACUGCAAAAUGUACAUGGAUAUCAUGGAAGUCUACGCUCCCACUUUCAAGGCGGUUCUGGAGCAUGUGAGAGACCGGCCGAACGAGCCGUUUCUUUUUCAUUGCGCACUGGGACGUGACAGAACUGGCAUUGUGGCUGAAAUGCUAUUAUCCCUUGCUGGUUCCGACAAUGAGACUCUCACCCUGGACUACAUGAUGACACGCAUCGGGUCGGAACCACUUCGUCAAGUCUUGCUCGAGAGGGCGAUUCAGGACAAUGGGGCUGAAAGAGGACUUGACGAUGGACCCUUUUACAACCUCUGCAGCCUGAGAGUCUCGUCAUGGGAGCUGUUUGUGGAGCAGAUAAACAGCAAGUAUGGUGGCUUCGAGGGGUAUGCCACGAGAAGACUAGGAUUUUCUAUAAACGAUUUGGAGAAGAUUAGAAACAACUUAAGGGCUAGACACAUUUGA